GACUACUCGAUCUAGAUUUCUUUCUAUAUUCGUGAAAAAACUAUCACCUAACCUUAAUUUAUAUAAAUUUUGGAAUAAAUAAUAACUUUUUUGUUAAUUGUAGUAUUAUAAAUAUAACAGUAACAUUAACAGUUGUAAGUUUCAUUGAUUUAGCGUUACUGUGACGAAUCUGGAAACACGUGACGAAACAUUCGAUAAAAGCGAAGAAUUUAGCAGUCCAAUGGUAGUGAAAUGGAUCAGUUUGGGAAACGGGAAAACCUUAACCAAGCUCAAAGUCCCGUUACAAAUAACUGUAAUAAACCUACAUACUUAACCACAUACCAGCAAUUUCUUUCUAGCCAAAUACAACCUUAUGAACAAGUACAAGGCACUACAGAAACAAAAGGACAGCGAUUGAACGAAAGAAUUGUUUUGUUAGAGGAGAUAGCUAUACAAAAACCGCAUAUACCAUUCUUGGAAUCCAAACAAGUCGAGCCUGUGAAUGAUAUGCCUGUGUCAAAAUGUAAUAAUAGUAAGCAAAAAACGGCUGAGACUGAUGACAAUUUGUCCCCGAAAACUACUGUCCAAAGGACAUUACGUCGCAACAUCAACCAUAACCAGAAACGUAUCAGUCAGGGGACCCCAACAGGUGAUGCAAGUGGUAUUACUCCUAAUGAACCUCCUACAGAUGUAGAAGAUGAAUCUAUCAAGGCGUACGAGUGCAAAAUAUGCUCCUUUGAGACGAUUUAUGAUGGCAUUUUCAGAGAGCAUAUGCUCACGCAUAAGAAGCGAGAGACGUUCCAUAAGUGCCCUAAGUGUAAUUUUAAAAUGAAGUGUAAAGCUGGCGUUAAGAAACACAUGGUGACGGAAGGUAGUGGGACUGUGUACUGCGGACUUUAUUCGUACAGUAAUGAGUGUAAGGGUAACCUGGCUUCGCAUUUGAAGGUGCAUAGAAAGGAUCGUAAUAGGCGUCUGGCAUCAUAACAUCCGUAUCCAUCUAAGUAGUAUAUGUUGUAUUAUCCGUUAUGUGCAUAGAAACGUGGGGUGUCGUUAGGGACCUAAUAUAGAUUGAAAAGUAAUAAAACACCUGGAUAAAUAUUA